AUGGAUUCCAGUUUCAUAAACCUGAAACUCAUUUCAUGCAAAGACAUUCACGCCUUCAACUUCUUCCAAAAACUAACCCUCUACGCACAAGUCUCGAUCGCCUCCAACAACCCCAGAAUUCAACUCAACGAGCGAAACACACAGCAACAGAGAACACCGACACACAGAGACGCCGACGAAGACGGAACCAAUCCCGAAUGGAACUAUAAUAUGCUUUUCGAUUUGGCUUUUCUCUCUCAACAUUCAGAUCCCGCCGAUUUUUUCUUAUGUUUCGAGUUUCGGCACGACGGCGUCAUCCUUGGGGAUAAAUUCAUCGGAGAGAGCCGCGUCCCGAUUACAGAUCUGAUCAGUGACGUCGACGGUAUCACGCGGUUUGUUAGCUACGAGAUUCGUUCUGCUGAUGGGAAGCCGAAUGGGAUCUUUGAUUUUUCGUAUAAGCUGGAAGGGGUUGGGAAACAAUCGACGCAGAUUCUCGAUGGGAGAAUAUCGGGAUAUCCUGUUCUGACUCCGGAGGAUUGUGCUCCGGUAAAAUAUCCCAUAUCAGAAAUCGAGAGACCGUGUUGUUAUCCUACAGGUUGUUCUGUUCAGGAGGGACCGUUUUAUGCACCUGUUGCGGCGACGGUAACGGCGAUGGCGCCGCCUCCUGUUUCAUAUCCGUUUGCCGGAGAAUGUAAUUCUUAUUAUCCACCGCCGCAGCCGUCGAUGUAUCCGUACCCUCCUCCGCCUCCGCCGAGGGAGCGGCUUUACCCACCUAUUGGGCCUGAGGCUAGUCAUUGGCAAUCAGGCCCGUAUUUUGAAAACAGGUGGUGA